UGCAGCGAGGUUGCGCAGCUCUCCUCCAGCGCGUCUCGGUCCGGGAGGAGGAGAGUCUGGCCCUGAAGGCGGAUUUUGCAGUUCUACCUUUUGCACAUGUCCGAUGUCGUCAUUGGGAAACCACUACCGCUCUGCCUCGGAUCCUCCCGGAGGAGAGAUGGACGAGCAGAGCCUUGGAGUCCGGACUGAUACGGCCUCAUCAACAUUAAAGCAACUUAAUGGAGAAAACUAGAGGAGUCUCUUUAAGAUGACACGCACAGACCCGCCUGACAUACUGGUAUCAACUGUGCAUCAAGAUAUAAAAGUGGUCCCCAUUUCUUCACACUCCAAGCCCCUAAGAUCCUCCAAACAAUGUGAUUCCAGAAAUUACAGCACACUGGAGGACAGAAAGAGCAAAGUUAACAAGAGGCACUGCCGAACCUUUGACUAUAGGUCAUUGGAGUACCCAAAACCCAACAAAUACACGAUGGAGUCCCCUUACAGGAAGGCCGAUAGGCAUGCAGCCAACCCAGACGUGGCCUGGAACGCCUUGGGCCGCCAGCAGAGAUAUCGUUUUUCUGCUCCGGACAUUUUCAGCCAUAGGGUAACCCCUCAACCCUUGGUUGCAGAAAUGGCCAGUGAGGUCGUUGUCCAAGAACAAAAAAGAAGGACCAGGUCAAAAAGUGCCCCUCGGGUCCAGACAAGCCUCACUCCAGUGUCUUUUGAAGGGUCGUCCUCUUCAGGAAGGAAGGGAAGGGAGUCCCAAAGGGCUUCGAGAGACUCUCGCUGGAGACCAGAAGUAUCACCGCGUAGGGAAUCAUCCUAUGCAGCAACAAGGGCUCACAUGCAUGAAGUCCAUCCUCUAAAGUUGCAGCCUCAAGUCAGUGACAGCAGUAAAUAUUCAUCUCACUAUGCGGCUGAUCAUUCAGAGGAUGGCGGGCUGGAUAAACCAGCAACCAGUCCUCAUGUCAGGUGUCGGGUGGACAUCAAACCUGAUGACGCAGCAGUACAUCACUCAAGACAUAAACAGGUCACAGCUCAUGUGGACAUACCAUGGCAGAGACAGCACAGCGGGGGCAGCAGGAGUCUAACUGUGCCACGCCAUUUCUCCUACUCCAGAACACCAACUCCCACAGAUUCUUUGGGUACAGAGAGUCGGCAAGCUUACCAAUACUCCCGCAGCAUGCCAAAUAGCUACCUACAACCCAUGGAGAUCCCUUUGCAAAGAAUGCCUUCUUCAUCCGGUGAAUACUAUGGAAGGGAACGCAGAGCUCACUCCAGUCCUAAUGUGCCAACUAAGUUCUUUUAUGCAGAUGACCCCGGGAGGUACGUCACUACUGCUCCUCCUCAGCCAAGUUCUUAUCUUCAUGAUGAACGUUACACACCAGGACAAGCAUAUACCCCAAAAGUGCAAUAUGUGCAAGAUCCAAGGACUCGAAUGGUGCAUGCUGUAGCUACAAGACCCUAUUACCCUGAGAUGGAGACGUAUCCAUACUCUGUGCAGGCAGGGUAUCCCAAACCCUAUGCAGCCAAUGAGCCAGGGCCGUACAUCAUACAGACACCUCCAACAAGGAUAUUUUACGGGGAUGAUCCAAGGUCUUAUCAAGUCCAAACUGCUCCGCCACGGUUUUACUAUUCCAGCGACAUGUAUGCAAUGCCACCAGAGCAUCACAUCCCAGCAAGGGCUUACUACACAGAAGGACGAAGACACGCCAGAGUCGUUCAGCCGCAGUCGGACGACUGGUACGGCUCAGAAGCAUCUGGUUACUCCACCAAUCCAGCCUCUUAUGUAUCUCAAGUCACUCCAACCAGAGUCCGUCAGGAUCCCGCCUUGACCCCCUGGUAUGCCAGUCCAUGUGUAGAACCUCAAAGAAUCGGUGCAGAAUCCAAGUCUUACUCCAGGUCCUGGGACAAUAUUCUGAACUCUCGUGUGGAGAGGGAGCAGCCUCUUCCUGUGCAGCGGGGUCAGAGCUACGACGAUCUCCUCGAGUCCAGGAAGCAUGCAGGGGCCAAAAGUGACAAACCACAACCUGUGGUGGUCAAUCUCUCCAGUUCGCCAAGACGCUACGCAGCCUUAUCGAUGUCUGAUAACUCCCUGAUUGACAAAAGCCCGACGGAGGCUUCAAAGAGCCCCACGAGUAAACUCUGGUUCGUCACUCCGGAGAUAACGAUCACUGAUAACGACAUGCGACCAGGGAAACUUAACAAAGCUGAAGGACGAUCUGCCAGUUGGGAUGUUCUCGACUCCAGAAGCACUGAGGGUCUAGAAGCGUCUCACCAUGACUUCCAAAGCGUGACCAAAGAGAAGACACAUGACAACGCCUCACUUCAGCAGAGCCUUGAACAACUCGAUGAGCUUCUAGCAGAUCUGGUGACGGAUUACAAGCCGCCCAGCAGACGGGCGAGUGAGGACAUCCUGGAUCAACUGAAGAAGUUAAUCGAUGAAGAAGAGGCAGUGUCCCUGUCAAGAAAGAGCUCAAGGGCCGGCACAGAGGAACCUCCUCCUCUGGACAAGCAGCCGACCUCAAUCAGAAUGAACCCCGACGCUUACCGAGACAUGGACGCAGCUAGUGAUGCCAUGAAGAGCGCAGACGAGUGUUCGCCGGAUCAGAGCCCCGAUGAGGACGACACAAUGAUGUGCUCAAACAACAAAUGCCGGAGGACAGAGACCCUGUUCAACGCCUGCCUGUACUUCAAAUCCUGCCACAGCUGCUACACCUACUACUGCUCCCGAAACUGUCGCAGGGAGGACUGGGACAUUCAUAAAGAAAGCUGCCUGUAUGGAAGAAUUGGCAGCACAUGCCGUCACAUCAUCAAACACUGCCGGGAGACUGUUGAAGUCCACAAAGCCUUCUCCCGUAUCGCCAAAGUCGGCUACCUUUCUCGAGGUCGAGGAGUUCUCUUCCUUGGAUUUCCAAACCCUGCGUCAUCCAGCAGCUUCCUGCAGUACGGCCUGGAUAGUCUACCCAUGUCUCCCACGUACCUGUCCCUCCGAGAGCUCGAAAGCUUCAGGGACAAUCUAGGAGAGUACUGCAAGGAGCUGCAGGAAGCCGGUAAAGAGUACGACCCCAACGAAUGUUUCAUCCUGAAUGUAUCCAUCGCUGUCGGUGACCAACUCCCCGACGGGCCAUCGCCAAGGAACCAAGCUCCAACUGUGAGGAAAUAUGCAAAGGUGGCCCUUGCUUCCUUCAGCCCUGAGAGAAAGGUUCAAAAGAAAGAGACCGACAUGGAGACGCUGAUCCUCACUCCACCUCCAGGAACAGCAGACAUCGACAAAGAGGGCGAGGAGGGCAGGAAGGCCCGGGAGAUCUGCUUCAUCAACAUACAACGGGAGUUAAGGAUUCGAGGGGUUUUCCUACGCCACGAGUACCCACAGGUGUACCAGCAGCUCUGUGAGUUUGUGGAAUGUAACAGGAGGUUCACACCCACGACUAUUUAUCCCAUCGAUAAGAGGACCGGUAAACAGUUUAUGUGCAUGAUUAUGGCUGCCUCAGAGCCCAGGACUUUGGACUGGGUUGGCACCCCUCAUCUCCUCGAUGACAUUAUUUAAGUGCACCUUUGGUUGUAAAUAUAUAUGUAUAGAAAUACAUAUAUAUUGUUACACAUAUUUAUAUAUCAAUCCAAUUACAAACAUUUGUAGAUAAGUAUUUUGUUAUCAAAAUGAUAUAUAUUCAUGUGUGCUUGGUCAGUAUUAUUCUUUUUCAGAAUAUCUCCUGUCAGGUGCAGAAUGAGUACAGUGCAUUUUUUAUUUCAGUCUUUUUACCAAGUACAGUUUUUUUAUCCAACACGACUCAUUAACCUGCUCGCUCGCUCGCUCCAUCAACACCUUCCUCUGAUGGAGACGACUUCGGACGACAUCCUGGGAUUCUUUUGUAAUUAUUAGCGAUGACUCUGACUUUAGUCUCUUUAAAUUAGAAAGUUCAUCUGUAAGUGACAACAUGAGUAUUUUCAUGUGACGUUAACGGUAUAUCAGGCAGAAACUAUUAAACGUUAUUUUCUUAGCUACUUAAAUACUUUCUAUGCAAAGUUGCUUCAUCAGUUAAGUACCACAUUCCUGUAGAAGGGGUUGUAUCUGUUAUAUAUUAUAAAACAAACUAUAUGACGUAACAUUAUAUUAAAUGAUAAAUUAUUUAUUAUUGCAUCUGUUAUAAAGGUUAUGUUGAAAUUGAGAUGAAAUGAUGGCAACGUGAAUCCUCACCAUAAGAAGGAGACAGACGGUCGAGCGUUAAAAAAAGGCACGACCCUGAACGUAGGCGUGAGGAGAGAGCAUUAAUGUUUCCUAUGGCGGUCUGACGGCAGGCUCUAAGAUGAUCAGAGCGCUGCUGGAUUUUAAAGCGGCGUCCGUAAAGGAUGCCGACAUGGUGCCGGUUAGCAGCCACACACACGGUGCUGGCCUGAACUGUUCAGUUAUAAACACUGUGAAUAGUGAGAGUUAUCUACUACCAGAAUAAAACUUGGGAUAAAACCAAGAAUCAUGCAAUUUCCUAUAACACUGAAGUGGAUGAGUUGUAUUUUUAGAUAUAUUUACGGAUAAAAUAUAUGAAUUAGCAGCAGGAGUUAUGUCUAUAGAAGAGGUGAGCCAGGUUUGGCACAGUAGCUACAUGGUACAUAAAUGCUUGGAGAAGACGUUAGUUGUGUAUUUGUGCUGCACUAGGUUUACUACAUGUGUGAUUUAUAUUGUCCCCUUUGGUUUUAGUAAAUCAUAACCUUUGCAUUGCUCAUUGGUUGCUUAGCCGUGUCAUCCCUCCAGAAACUUAUCUCGGUUUCGUUUGUUCCUGAACCCUGAAUCUCCCUCCAGCACACCGAUGAAUAAACUCAAAGUCUCCGCUUUAAAGAAUCAAAGUAAAGCUGAAACUUUCUGAAACCCAAAUAUAAAAACACAAUAUUUAAACAUGUUUGAUUUGAUAAAGACUCAACAUAUCUGGAGGACAUGAAGGAGCGUUAGUCGAUCAGUAAAUCCUGUUUCUUUUGAUUCAUUCCGACUCCCACGUCAUUGAUGCAGCAGCUUGGUUUCUGGCCAAACACAUCAAAUAUGAAGUCAUAGGUUCCUCUUUAGUAACAUCUACAGGCCAGGCUCUGGUGUGACAGGCAGUUAGCGAUGAAGGACUUCCAUGUGUUGCCUUUGUUUCAAAGAGAGAUUGGAGUUGGAGUUAACAGAUGUUAUCAGAGAGAGAUUGUUGGCUGUGCUUGUAUGCCGAUGAUUCUUUACUGAACCGAUUAAAACGAAACUGUGGCUAGAGGAGAGCUGAAAGGUUCUGAGGCCUCUUAGCUCUGCACACCGGCUGUUUACCUGCAAACAUCCAAAGCCCCAUUGGAUGCAGGUAAAGGGUUAGACUUGAACAGCAUGCAGGAAUUAAAAAACAACCUUAAUCCAGUCCUGCGCCUCUUGUGACGCUAGACAAGUAAAAAGAAACUUUGGACUUUGAUGAAACACACCUGAGUUUAAUCUCCUGUGAACUUAAAUACCAGUGUAAACUUCCUGUUAGAGCUUGACCUCAGUUAAAGGAACAAUAUGUUGGUACGCAAGUUAUGUCAGACAUGUCACAUAAGAUUUGUAAUGUGUGUUAGCAUCAUUAGCGAAAACUAACCAGAAGCGUUUUUCGACCAGAGGAACUUUACCCCGAAACUCUUUGUCGAAAUGCACUUCAGAUAACAGAAAUGGAUCGAUGAGUUGUCAGAAACACUUCUGUUAAUGGAAAUAAAAAGCAACAAUGGAGGAAAACAGUGUCUGAAAACUAACGUUGAUAAAAUAAACACGUUGCUUCACAAAAAAAACAUCAACGGAAAAAAGUAACUGUAUUGACUACAAAACAAAGUAAUAUAAACAUUUUUGUUUAUGUCAUCUGCCGAGUAUUCCUGAUGGAUAUUAAAUCUAUCUCACUGUUCGUUCUAUAAGGUGUGACUGUUUAGCACCAGCAGAGGGCAGCACAUGACGUCAUACAGCUGUUUCCAUCCAUCCGUGUCUGUUAGCAUGACAGUGAUGAUAACAGUUCAGAGAUAAAACUGAGACUAACGCUAUAAUUAAUAAAACUGAACUCCGCUAACAAAGCAUCGUGGAAACAUAUCUAAAUGAAACUAACGUGAAAACACAAAGUUAACACAUACUAAUGAAAUAUAUAAAACUAUAACCUGAGAGAGCGGCGUAACAUGCGUGAAAGUUUAUAUGCUUAUCUAAACCCUAACAGUGAUCCUUUUUUAAACUAACAAAGUAGUUUCAAUGUCGAAACUCAAAAAAACUCUUAACGUUUAAGAUUUUAUAAACGGAAGUCUGAAAGUAGUUGAAAGUAAAAUGUUUGUCAGCGAACAUUUAAAUCGAACAGGAUGUCGCAUAUUAUUUUAGGCCAUUUUUGUUUUACUCCCUGUCUGCAGAGUGUACCACACGGAGGUGUAAUGAUGGAGCAAAGUCGCCCUCAGAGGUAUAAUCAGAGGCGUGAUGGAGGAAAAGGUGGUGUAACAUCGCUGUGUGUUGGUGCAUAUCUGUUGCAUGUCCACAAACCUGUAAUGCGACAUACAAUCGCACACUGGGAAACCAAUAUUCUAAACUUUCGGGGUACACUAUGUAAGCACAAAGGCAUAAUGAGCUUUGCAGGAUUGUAGUGCGUACAAGGUUUUAGCUGAGCGGUUUAAGGCCCCUUUAGGAGUCCCUACGUAGUCGCGAUCUGAAGUUUAGGGCCACAAACCAAGCUGCCGUCCUCGACCCGUGAGGAGAACCCCCGUGUUGGUUUCCUCCCUGAUAUCUACAUAUUUCUUCCCGUCAGUCGUCCCCUCUGAUUUCAGCUUCCCUCAGUUUGUCAGACAGAGGAGGAGAAACCGGAAGCACACAAGACUGACGGACGGUGCUGUACAGAUUCAGUAAAGAGUUGCUGGCUGCAUGUGUUUUCUAUGAUCUCAGUUUAACAUGAUUAUAGUAACUUGCUUGAUGAAUGGAUUCGUGAAAGUGAUCUACUAUGCUGUGUAAGAAAAAAAAAGUGAAUUUUCCAUUUUUGUCAGUCAUUGGAGAUAAAAUAACGUCGAAGAAGAGACCUCACUGAAA